ACGAGCAUCUGCGCGUUCACGACAAGUGGUUUCAGUUGCAUCGCGCUCUCUCUCCUGUUGACAUCAAAAGAUUGUGCUUAUCACUGAGACUUAUUUGAGAAAUACAGACAUGAGAGCUCACAUGAGACUCGUUUCUUUCAUCUUUAUUGUCAGUUUGAUUUGGUUCACGCGCUGCGCGCCGCCAACAUGUUAUUCGCGCGUGCUGGUACUCAGUAAAGAAAUCAUGGAGAUUUUGGACAAAAUUCAUAAAUCCAGUCGCACGAAAACAUGCGCUGAGAUUUUGCCAAAGAUGUUUCUCGAUGUGCACAACUCUUGCAUCACAACAAAGUUGCGAGACUUCCUGUAUGUGCUUGAAAAUCUGCCCAUAGAAGACUGUAGAGAGAAACCGCGCAUUCGAUACCUGAAGCGGCGAGUCCAGGUGCUGUACACCAUCAUUAACCGCGUGUGCUAUCGGGAUUUGGUGUAUUUCACAGAUGAAUGUGUCGCUCUGGAAACAGGAAACAGCAGUCCUCGAUACACAGAAGACCGACUGCAACUUCUAGAAGACGAAAACUGAGAAACAAACAGUUUCAUUCAAUGCUACAAGCUCACAACGAUCGUCCCUAAUAUUUAACUAAAGACAUGUUGGUAACACUUCACUAUAAGGUUCUAUUCGAAUAUGUUGAUAUUUGAUAAUAGGGCAAAAAUCGUAUUCUUGAUAAUUUUUGUUUUGUUUUCCUGUAAUAAUAUCUAAAAAUCAUCAAAACAAGAUACAUUAGAUUGAACUUGGUUUAGAAACAACACUGCAUAAGAUAUUUGGGUUUUUCAGAGAAUGUAUUUUUAACAUGUGUAUUUUGUCUUACUGUACUGGCAGAGUUUUUAUAGUCAAAACAAGUGAAAAAAAUGUACCAGUGCUGAAGAAGUAAUCCAAAGUAUUUAGAUUACAUUACUGACCUUGAGUAAUCUAACAGAAUACAUUACAAAUUACAUUUUACAGCAUGUAUUCUGUAAUCUGUUGAAAACAUUUUAAAAGUAAUC